AUGGGUGACUGGAAUUUGUUGGGGAGUGUUUUGGAAGAGGUCCACAUCCAUUCGACCAUGGUUGGGAAGAUCUGGCUCACCAUCCUCUUCGUGUUCCGGAUGCUGGUUCUGGGCGUGGCCGCUGAGGACGUGUGGGAUGAUGAGCAAAGUGAGUUUGUGUGUAACACAGAGCAGCCGGGCUGUAAGAACGUCUGCUACGACCACGUCUUCCCCAUCUCGCUCAUCCGCUACUGGGUCCUCCAGAUCAUCUUUGUGUCGUCUCCGUCUCUGGUCUACAUGGGACACGCCUUGUACCGUUUGAGGAGUCUGGACAAGGAGAGGCACCGGAAGAAAGCGUGUCUGAAGUCGGAGCUGGAGGGGACAGACAUCGAGCUGGAGCAGCACAGGAGAUUUGAGCGGGAGCUGAAAAAACUCGAGGAACAGAAGAAGGUGAGGAAAGCUCCUCUGAGAGGGUCGCUGCUGCGCACGUACAUUUUCCACAUCCUGACCAGGUCUGUGGUAGAGGUGGGCUUCAUUGUGGGUCAGUGCGCUCUGUAUGGCUUUGAACUGUCCCCCCUGUACAAAUUUAAUAAUGAUCUCUUUGCUGCUCUCUUGUGUUUGAAUCACGUGUUAUCUGUUAGCUGA